GGGGCAGUAGGGGUGGAGCUAGCGCACCUACUAUGCCUUUUUUAAACAUUUUUACAGCCGGUUUAUCUGUGUAGGAGCUUUACAACUUUGCGGAGUUGAUCAAAAAAAAAAAACAUAAAUAGAGAGAAGACAAACGCACGUCUCUCCUGGCAGCGUGUGAGCUGGAGCUGACAGUCGCCCCCACCCACUCACACACACAAACACGCACACACUCUCUCUCACACUCACACACACACGCACACACACACACUUCCUCCCCUCCUCUCUCCCUCUCCGGUGUCUCGGCGGAUAGAAAGAAGAAGCCCGAGCAGGUUCGCCGCUCAGCUGAAGCGAUGGAGCCUCAGCGGCACAGGCAGCGCUGUUAUUAAACACGGAUCUUCCAGCGACGCCUUGACCCAACCGGGGAACACUUGGGAAGAUUCUUUCCUGACAAUUCGAGCAUCCCCUGCCUUUAUCACACAGUACAACCCAUCUGUCAUGACGUGGACCUUUACGCAGUUUACUGCGUGGAUUGUUUUCCCGGGAUGCAAUCGGACUUGACCGGACAAGGCUUGCAGGGUCCACAUCCGUCCAGCUGAGGGGACAUCAGGCAUGCUCUGGUCCAGCGAGGACUUCCAAGCGACAGAUUACCUGACAGGUUAUGCCUCCACCUGGAAGCGAUGCAAAGAAGACAGUUGGACUAAAAUGAUGUUUGCUGCCGAGACAAAAAGCACAAACCAAGCAGAGACGAUGCCACGAGUUCACCAUCUGCAAAUCUAAAUGAAUUCAUCCAUGACGAGGCGACGGCUGAACGUCCUCCUACUGCUCUUGAACUGAAACCACAGCGCUGUCGCCUCCGAUCUUCUUCGGACAUGACUCGCAGGGAAACACCGGUUGCCUGCAGGUGGGGGGUGGCGACGAGCGCCCUGCUUUGGUCUGCAACCAUUGUUUUUUUGAGCCAUGUUGGCCAGGUCAGCGCAGACUGCUGGCUAAUCGAGGGCGAAAAGGGCUAUGUGUGGCUUGCCAUCUGCAGCCAAAACCAACCGCCUUAUGAGGCCAUCCCGCAGCACAUCAACAGCACCAUUGUGGACCUUCGCCUGAAUGAGAACAAAAUUAAAAGUAUUCACUACUUAGCUCUCAGUCGCUUUGCCAACUUGACUUACCUGAACCUGACUAAGAAUGAGAUAUCUUAUGUGGAGGAUGGGGCAUUCUCCGCACAGUUUAACUUACAAGUUCUUCAAAUGGGCUUUAACAAGUUACGGAACCUGACAGAGGGGAUCCUUAGAGGUCUCGGAAAGCUACAGUACCUCUACCUCCAGGCUAACCUGAUCGAGACUGUGACACCCAAUGCCUUUUGGGAAUGCCCCAACAUUGAGAACAUCGACCUGUCCAUGAACCGCAUCCAGCAGUUGGACGGCUCCACGUUCACCAGUCUGACUAAGCUGAGCACUUGCGAGCUCUACACUAACCCUUUCAACUGCUCCUGUGAGUUACUUGGCUUUGUCAAGUGGCUUUCUGUGUUCCCUAACAGGACCAACGAGCGGAUGGUCUGUGACUCCCCAAGUGGCGUUUCUGGUUACAGUCUGCUAAGCCAGAACCCAAACAACCCCACGUAUCGAAAUGCUCUUCACAUGCUCACCACCGUGUGCACAGACGACUACAUCACACCCUUUUUCCCCCUGCCCCUCGAGCCCACAACACCCCCACCAGACUUUACCCUCUGUGGAUUAGAGGACUGUCCAUCGGGGACAGAACCAGAAGACAUAAUUCCAAGCAACAUCACUGCAAUCAACAAGGAAGUGGAAGCAAACCCUCUAAUGAAACUGCAGCAGGUGUCGAACACAGGCGCCACCAUUACGGUCCAGAUUCCCUAUCCUUUCAAAAAGAUGUACAUCCUGGUUCUGUACAACAACAGUUUUUUCAUGGACAUCCAACCCCUAAAAGAAAUAAAGCAGGACAUUCACCUUAAUGACCUCAAACCCCACACAAACUACACAUACUGUGUUGCUUCCCUUCGUAACUCACUGAGACACAACCACACUUGCCUGACAAUCACCACCGGGCCCUGGAAGGGCAAGUCGAGGGACUCCAACAACGCGACGGCCACUCAUUACAUCAUGACCAUUCUGGGAUGCCUCUUCAGCAUGGUCAUCUUCCUCGGGGUGGUUUACUACUGCUUGCGACGGAAGCGCCAGCAAGACGAAAAGCACAAAAAAGCAGGGACUAUGAAGAAGAACAUAAUGGAGCUCAAGUAUGGACAAGAACUGGAGGGGGGGGCUAUUUCCCGCAUGUCCCAGAAGCAGCUGCUGUCUGGAGAGAGCAUGGCACCACGUAUGCCCUACCUACCCUCCGCAGGCGAAAUGGAGCAGUACAAAUUUCAAGAAAUAAACGAAACUCCCAAAAUGAUGAAGGGAAGUUACAUGGAGGUGAGAAGCCUGGACCACCAUGAACGCAGGGAGUGUGACAUGGGGAUGCCUGGAAACAGCCAGGGCUCCGUUGCAGAGAUUUCUACCAUCGCAAAAGAGGUGGACAAAGUCAACCAGAUCAUUAACAACUGCAUUGACGCUCUGAAGUCGGACUCCACUUCUUAUCAAGGGGUAAGAUCCGGAGCCGUGUCCAAUGCAGAGCCCCAGCUGGUGCUCAUAUCAGAGCAGCCACAGAACAAAUCUGGCCUCCUGUCCCCUCCGUAUCAGGACAGCUACCACCAUUCCUUGCAGAGACAUCGGUCCUCGGACGCCUCGCCAAAAAGGCCUAGCACUGCCUCAGGAAUGCGAAGCCCCAGGCCUUACCGCACCGAAUCCAGGUACAUCGAGAAAACCUCUCCAACGGGGGAGACUAUCCUCACGGUAACGCCCGCCGCCGCCAUCCUGAGGGCCGAGGCGGAGAAGAUCCGUCAGUACGGCGACCACCGCCACUCGUAUCCCGACGUUCAGAUCGAAGAGCUGGAAGGACCCGACGGCAUCAAGUCGCCAAUGCUGGAGUCUCUCCCGCACUCCCGCUCCAGAGACUUGGCGUACUCCCAGCUGCCACCGCAGUACCACAACCUGAGCUACUCGUCCAGCCCCGAGUACUACUGCAAACCUUCGCACAGCAUUUGGGAGCGCUUCAAGCUGCACCGCAAACGGCACAAGGAUGACGAAUACAUGGCGGCGGGCCACGCGCUCCGCAAGAAGGUGCAGUUUGCGAAGGACGAGGACCUGCAUGAUAUUUUAGACUACUGGAAAGGCGUGUCGGCCCAGAAUAAAUCAUAACCUCUUUAGGUCUUUUUAAAUGUGGACCUCACAGAUAUGACACAAGAACCUCAUCAAUGGAGUCUUCCAUGCUCCAAAUCACACAUGUUCUCUUUUGACUGAAGGGGAAGGGGGGGAUAUUUCACAUCUGUCAUAUUAUGUAAAGAAUCUACUCCAGAGAACACAUACCGCUAAUUAAUAAGAUCAAUUAUAUAUAUAUAAAUAUAUAUGUUACAAUGGGUUGUAGGUUUUUGGGUACCGCAUGGCCAAGUCCUGUGAAAGUGGAUUUGCUGUUGUGUAAUAUGGAAACUACUCUAUGAAGCUAUGUUUACUGAAACCUCAAUUUUUAUUCUUCUCGACUCUUUUUAAUAUUAAAAAAACAACAAUCCCCGCAUAUGGUUAAUUUAUCCAACACAAACUAUGUACAGAUUCAGUUGUUUAUAUUUACUUUGAACCAGACGCUUACUUUAAGUUUGUUGUUUUCUAGAGCUUUACAUACCGUAUGUUUAUACUUCUUAUUGAAUCACAUGUAUGGUCUCAUAUAACACAUUUUUUUAAAAAUAAAUCCUAAUUUAUGACCAAAGUAGAUAAAAAAAAACUGUUUACAAUAUCCCUGCACGGUCUGGGAAUGGUACGAGCAUUUUUUUUUUAAACAAAUAUAUUUGUAUCGGUUUGCUCCCU